AUGGCUGGAUGUGGUCAAGCUUUCACUGACAGCCAGGCUGUCUUAAAGGAUUACUUUUUGGAAAAUGAGAGUCUGCCUGUGGAAGAGACAGCAGUUGAGGCAGUCGACCCAUUUGACAAGAUGGAUUGUAACACAGACUCAAACUUAAUGGAACAAGGACCAGGCAAACCUGUUGGUCUCCAGGUCCCUGAGAAGGCUAGUAGAACCCAUGAGGAAGAAGACCCCGAAGAAGAGGAAGAAGAGGAAGAGAAUGAUUUGGGAGAUCCAGCAGUACUUAGUGCUAUUCAUACUGCCCAGAGAGGACUCAAGAGCUCUUCAAAACUUAAGGCCUCCAAUAUGCUUGGAAUGUCUCCAUUAUCCUUACACUUUCUGUGUCAGACAAUGGAUUAUUUUUCUCCAAUUUCUUUCCGGUCUACACUCCCAAGUGCCAGUUCCUCAGCACGACAUUUUGGACUUCAGCUGUCCUCACCAGACCCAUCUCUCUUCUACAAUCUACCAACAUCGAGGCCCCUAAGACUCAGCCUUCCCAGUCAUGGGACCCAGCUGCAUCCCCAGCACCAGCGGAUCUUACAGAAGCAGCAGCAAGAACAACGGUGUGGUCCUAAACACCAGAGUCCCCGUGUUGGGAAACUGUGGUCCCAGAAGCCAGAUCCCUAUGCUGGUCUCAUGAAUCAAAGGGAGAAAGACUGGGUGAUCAAGGUACAGAUGGUCCAGCUGCAAAGUGAGAACCCUCACCUGGAUGAUUACUACUACCAGGAAUAUUACCAAAGGCUAGAAAGAAAACAGGCAGACGAGGAGCUGCUUGGUCGAAGGAACAGGCUAGAAUCACCUAAAUUGGUGACCCCUUACAUUCAGAAGGCAGAGGACUAUGAAUCAGUGGUUCGGAUUGAAGGUUCCCUAGGGCAAGUGGCUGUAUCUACUUGUUUCAGUCCUCGAAGAGCCAUUGAUGCAGUGCCCCAUGGUUCACAGGAGCAGGAUACAGCUAUAUAUAAUCAGAAACUUCAAGUACUAUAUCGGAUUGAGAAGAUGUUCCUUCAGCUGCUUAAAUUGGAGGAGAAUCAGAAGGGUAAACUAGCAAAGUCCUAUUUCUAUGAGCUGCAGAGCAAACAGCUAGAGAAGAUCUAUCAGGCCUUGAGGACAGGUGAUGAGGAAAAUUCAGAGGAGGCAGCAAAUGGACUUCUACAAGUGCUAUCUGUGAGGAAAGGAAAGGUCCUUGUAGCCCGGCUACUACUACUUCUUCCACGCGAUCAGGCAGUCCACCUUGUCCUAUCAAUCACAAGUCACUUGCCCUUCCUCAUUCGAAGGGAUACAGCUGAUCAGGCCCUACAUAUGCUGUUCAAGCCCAUGGGAAAGUGUAUAAAUCUCUUGGCCUUUAGUGAGCUUCUCCAAGGACUUCAGAGGCUCAUGGUGCUACAACCUGGAUCCCAAGAGCGGCCAAUCACUGUAGUCCUUCAGAACCAGUUUGGGAUCUCUUUGCUCUAUUCACUUCUGAGCCAUGGGGAACAGCUGGUGUCCCUGAAUUGUUCCCUGAAGCAACACAGCAACAAUGAUCUUGCAACUUGGACAGACAUGGUAGUUCUGAUUGCCUGGGAGAUAUCCCACAUGGCCACAGCUUCUUUGGCAGAGCCACUCAUUGUCCCCAGCAACCUCCUCUCCCUGUUCUGCCGUUAUGUGGACAAACAGAUAGUACAGCAAUUAGAAGCCAGAAUGGACUACGCCCCCAUGGCUACCACCUGACUUGUUGGGGAAAAUUAUCCAGCCCACCUACAUACCAGUCUAUUAGAGCUGAAGUAGAAGAAGGGAAAAUUCACUGAAGGAGCUGUGCCCUUGACAGUUGUAUGAAGGCUUUUUUUAUUUUCCUCAGUAGAUGCAAUGGAGAUCCUGGGUUUCUUUACCCUUCUCCUAUUGAGUACAGUAAUUUAGAACCUUCAAGAAUGGAGGUCUGGGCAGUGCAUGAUUUAAAGUGCUCAUAUAAAAUUGGAACAAGUGGGUGUUGAAAUAUUGCUUUGAUAAAGGUAUUAUUUAGCCCUACCUCUAUUUCCAAAAUAGCUUUUUCCCUUUUCUUCAGCUAAACAUCUUUACCAGGGAUAAAUGAUAUAGUUUUUUUGGUUGUUUGUUAAAUGAAUGGGAAUAUAAUAAUAGUAAAGGGGUUUUUCCCACUAGUGCAGUGUCCUGCCAAAUAAAAACAUGAGGUAUUUUUCUCGUGA